UUCACUUAUGAAUCACAGCUGACUGGUUCCGAACUGGGUCUCCACUCCCGUCGCUAAAAGCAAAACACACAACACUCGAAAUUUAACAAUAAUUAAAAUAGUUUCACAGUGUGUUUUAUUUAGACAAUAUUAAACGACUUUAACACCGCCGCACAUCAAAUGGUUGGACAGAAACUAUGACUUAAAGAUUCACUGCCGCGGGCAAGUCGCCAAUUGAAUGGCGUAUUGAAUGUCAAAUCGAUUGCUUGGCAAAUAAAAAAAUAAAACAAGAACACUUGCAACCAUAAGGAAACCGCAAAAAUGUUAUAACACGGACUGCAGUUAUCAAGCAAGUCACAAAGCAGUCCGAAAGUGCAUUCCGGCCAACAAUUAACGAGCUCAUGAGGUCGGGGUGCGCACAUGUGUGGGCGUAAGUCCAUGAACGUCACUUGAUAGCAGCAUUGAUAUGAACAGUCCCCCUUCGCCCACAUCGGAGGAGCAGCCAAUCAGCCCAGCACACCAAUGACCAACUCAGAGAAACGGAAAAGCAAUAACUAGCAACGUAAUUAGUAGAAAGUCCAGCCCGAUAUUCUUCCAUAAAUUCAAGGUUAAUAUCACGACGCAUCGCCCGACAUGUUUUCCGAACCGUAUGACACCGAUGAGCUGGACACCAUCGCCGAUGUCAUGGGGCUACGCUCUCAGGCUCGGCUAAACACAUUUCGCGAAAUGUGGUACCACAUAUUUCUGUGGGCCCUCUUCUCAUCCAUUUUCAUUCACACCUGUGCAGCCCUAGUGGCGUUUGUCACGCUGCGAAAGCAUAAAUUCGGACGAUUCUUCUCUAUACUGAUUUUGGUUAUGGGAUUCUUGUCACCAGCUUCAAGUGGCAUCAUUAGCAGUGCGGUAAUUGCAUUUGUGCAUCGCGCUUCCAGUCUGCCCAUGUCGCCUAUUUAUGCAAUGGUUUGGGGACUUGGCCAGACCAUAGUCUCGGCAUGCCUGGGCUUCACCCGAAUCCUGGCCACGCUUUAGAUUAUGAACUGAAAUUUCACCAUAGAAUAGAAUGCCCGCCAUCGGUUCGAUUUUCUCUUGUAACCUUUAUCAUACUUGUUUUACUUCACUGUUCAUAGAGCAUACGGACAGAUGCUCGACAACAAUUAUAGAAAUCCAUAAAUAUGCGUAUAAGAAUAUUGUGAUUUUUAAAUAUACACAAAACCUAUAUACGACCAGA